UUACUUCGUCAUUGUAGAUCCGUCCGUUGAGCAGCACACCACGCGAUUCCAGCGCGAGCAACAAACGAAGCGCAAGCGAUUCGUUGGAAUUUUGCGCGAAAAGUGUACAAACAAGUGUGCUUCCGCGGGUCCCAUUUCUCGGGUUCUUGAUUGCUUCACACGAUCGGCGCGCCACUACUGUCGGGUAAUUAAAGGAAAGUGACAGAACAAAUAUCUGCCGGUUAUUUAGUAAUCGCAUUCCAACCGUGUCUGUCUGCACAGGUUCAAGCCCAUUAGCUUGGUGGGACCCAACGCGGGCAGAAAGACAGUGCAAAUAUUGACCGGCCGGAGUUCGUCACCAAUUUAUUGGAUAUAGUGGAAACGGUCGUUGAAAUCUUUUUACGAACGGUGAAAAGUCAAACAAGGAAGCAGUACCCGAGAAGUGAAACUAGCUAGUGCCAGUGCCGAAAUUGUGAAUCCGGGUGAUAUGUUUUGAGUAGAUCAACCAGCAGCAGGCCGACAGAGUGAAGAUCGAUUUUGUAACACAACUCAGGACCAUCGACACAUUUCACCAUGACGAAUCGAACAACCGAAAGUAUACCGUUCUACGACGUGUUCGGAUACUACGAAUGGACCCUCACACUGGCGGAUCCUCGAACGAAAGGUUGGCUGCUGGUGGAUUCUCCUGUGCCAACCCUGCUCUGCGUCUGUGGUUAUCUUUUCGUGGUUUGGAUCGGCCCCAAGCUGAUGCGAGACCGGAAACCGUUCGAUCUCAACUCGGUGCUGAUACCGUACAACUUAGUGAUGGCACUACUAAAUCUGUACAUUUGCCUUCAAUUGUUCAUCGGUUCGAUACAGCUCAGCUAUAGCUACAUUUGCGAACCGUGCAAGCAGAGCUUCAGCGGUCCUGAAAUGAGGAUCGUUGGUGCGGUCUGGUGGUACUACUUCUCUAAGGUACUGGAAUUUAUGGACACAUUCUUCUUCAUCCUGCGCAAGAAAGAUAACCAGCUGACCUUUCUGCACGUGUAUCAUCAUAGCACUAUGUUCUCGUUCUGGUGGAUUGGCGUCAAAUGGGUGCCCAGUGGAAGCACCUUCCUACCGGCCAUGGUUAACUCUUUCAUCCACGUCCUUAUGUACACUUACUAUGGUCUCUCUGCCAUCGGUCCACAUAUGAACAAAUAUCUGUGGUGGAAGAAGUAUCUCACCAUGCUUCAACUGGUUCAGUUCACCUUUGCGAUGCUGCUCGGAAUCAACGGGAUCGUCACGGGAUGUGAGUUCCCGCUGUGGAUGCACUACACCCUGAUCGGUUACAUGAUUUCGUUCAUCGUCCUGUUCGGUAACUUUUACGCGCAAGCCUAUCUCAACGGACAGCCCAUCAAGCAGUUUGAGAUCAAUGCCAACUGUUUGGACCUACGCUCGAGAAACAAGGACGAAUAGAGAGGAUCGGAGAAAGCGACUAUUUUCGAUUACCAAAUUAGCUGCUAAACGUACCGCGUAUAGGAUUAACGAAUGGGGAGAAUGGAUCAUUAUCACACUUCACAGCAGUGAACUCAGUGAUUUAAAUGUAUAAUUUUGAUAUCACGAUAGACGUGUUUCUGUAAUAGUCUAAAGCCUAUGUUUAUGUUAAACAAAUGACUAAAAUAAAGCUUGCUGAGAACGUAUGUUUAUAUUAAUUUGAGAUUUAAAUCCAUUUCCACUCCAAUGAGAGUCCUCUUUGACUUACAAUAAGUACAAAUUCAGGUCAGAAAACUUUAUUCAGGAUAAAAAAAAUUGUGAAAGAAGUAGGAUUUUCUUUUGUAGAAUUCUUGCGAAUUGUUAGGCAUAAAGCUUUUUUAUCCACAUUUCUCAUUAUUAAGCAAACCAACCUGAAUGAUAAAAAUCCGGACCAAUUUUCAAAACUCAACUCGAUAAUCAGUUAAUCAAAUCCGGACUUAUGUCAAACACCACAUAGUUUCUUCAAAGU